GGCUCGACCACAUCAUUCCGUUUGUCAGAAUCCUUUGAGCAGACGCUAUGGCGCCUAGAUAUCACGGGCAAACUCAAGUUCAAUGAAGAACUUUAUGAAUCUUCCUUUGGAGCUAUGGUUCGAGGUAUUCAAAUUAUUGCACCCUUUCGACCUACUUCGUCUCUCUCGUGCAAAUUCACAGUUUCGUUCCGUACUGAUGAGCCGAUCGUCGGAAAUCGUAUGGCGGGUCGCUCGCUCAGAUAUUCCCAAGCUUCCCGGUCCACCCCCAGGAGUUUCAGAACCUGCAUGGGCAAAUCUUGCUUUCGAUUCUACUUGCCACUUUUGCUCCAAAACUGGGAUCCGCAGGAUUGAUUUCCUCUUUCGUGUUCGAACCUGUAGCGCCUGCACGAAAAAUGAGAUCAUCUCUGACGCUGCGGUCUUCCCAAAGAACGAGAAUAGCAAAGAGUACUUCCUCGCAUCUCGUAUCCUGUUUCUCAUUCCCACCAAGAUGAAGAAGAGACGAGAACGAACGACCGGUGAACAUACCGUGUUUCUCCGACGUGAUUUUGAGCAGGUGAAAGACUGCUAUCUCUCCUUACCGGAAGAUGAAAAGGAAUCCUACAUUCAACGACGAUGUUCCUACUUGCAAGCGCUCAAAAAGGUUGGUCUCUCCCUCUCUGUCUUUAUCCUCCUCCAUUUGUAGAAUCUUAUAACUUUACCCUUCAGCAUGUAGCGGACUGUCAAGAUUGGACUCUUAUGAUGACAUUGAAACGAGACAGGCCGUAGAAAUAUGUGCUGAGUGUUGUCUCCGACGCAAUGUCAUGUUUUCGUCUUCAGCGUCACGAUACGAUGACCGGAAC